ACUCCGGCGGCCGGUUGCUGUUGUUGUGUGGGGCUUAGCUAUCACCUACUUGAAUAAUGAAGAACACCACCAUGAUCACCUUCUCCCGCGUGCUCCUUCUCGUCGUCGCCGUCGUGAUUUGCCUGCAGGCCAGCACUAGCCACGCCGUCCGACCGGCCUCGGCGAACGACCCAGCAUGUAAUUCUUAUCAACAAGCACUGUCGGGCAGCUGCAUGGACUACUUCACCGGCAAAACCGGCGGCGACAAAGUGCCUCCGCAGUGCUGCCAAGUCCUCACGGCCUAUGUGUCCAAGUUGGGAACCAAAGGGGAGAGACAACAAGCCUGCACAUGCUCCCACAACUUGCUCACUGCCUCUGGGGUGAAGCAGGACCGCCUCUACAAAGUUCCAACAGACUGCAAAAUACCAGUACAAGCCGACUGCAGCAAGUAAUAAUAAGUCCUCCAUAUUUCUAUAUAUCCUCAUCACUAACAUCGAUCAUUACUCCUAUUAAAAAUUAUUUUUUGCA